CGGCGGCUGCCGGCUUGCUCAAGGAGGCGCCGCCGCCGCCGGGAUCUCCGAGCUAGGAGCGAACCCCGGAAGCGGGGGGGAGCGGGCUCCCCCUCGCGAUCGGCGGGGACAGCCAGUCCUGUGGAACAAGGGGGCGGUCCCGGAGGCCCAGCGACGCCCGGGAAGGAGCAGGAGCCGGGCGAAGGGUGGACAUGAGCGACCACCUGAGACCAGCCUCGGACCGCUAGGGGCGGACCCAGCAGCCCCUCCCCUCUCCUCGGAAUCUCGGAACCUAAGAGGAUGGAGCCAAAUACCUGCAAGACCAGCGAAUCGGAGGAAGACUACGUUGGGGAAGAGAAAUCCGAGGAGGAAUGUGUUCAAGGGGAAGCUACCAUCCCUUCUGACUCUCCUCAGCAGGAACUCUCAAAGGCUGACUAUAAGGAAUUUGGGGAUGGAGUUCCCUUAUCUACUGUGGCCAAGAAAAUUCCAAAGAAAAUCAUAGCCCCAACUGACUCAGGUGACUUAGAAGUUGGGAGGAGAAAGAGAAGGCGGAAACGCAGACCCCUGGCCAUCAACCUGACCAACUGCAAGUAUGAGAGCGUGCGUCGGGCAGCCCGAAUGUGUGGCCUGAAGGAGGUGGGGGAGGACGAAGAAUGGACUGUGUACUGGACAGACUGCUCUGUCUCACUGGAACGAGUCAUGGACAUGAAGAGGUUUCAGAAAAUCAACCACUUCCCUGGAAUGACAGAAAUCUGCCGCAAAGAUCUGCUGGCUCGGAACCUCAACCGCAUGCAGAAACUCUAUCCUACCGAGUACAACAUCUUCCCCCGCACCUGGUGCCUCCCUGCAGACUUUGGGGACUUCCAGUCCUAUGGUCGUCAGCGAAAAAGCCGCACUUACAUCUGCAAGCCAGACAGUGGCUGCCAGGGACGGGGCAUCUUCAUCACCCGAAAUCCCCGGGAGAUCAAGCCAGGAGAGCAUAUGAUCUGCCAGCAAUACAUCUCCAAGCCCUUCCUCAUUGAUGGCUUCAAGUUUGAUAUGCGAAUCUAUGUCCUGAUCACAUCCUGUGACCCUCUUCGGAUUUUCAUGUAUGAGGAGGGCCUGGCCCGCUUUGCCACUGUGCCCUACGUGGAGCCCAGCCAGAGCAACCUGGAUGACGUCUGCAUGCACCUGACCAACUAUGCUAUCAACAAACACAAUGAGAAUUUUGUCCGAGAUGAUGCUGUGGGCAGUAAGAGGAAGCUGUCAAUGCUCAACACCUCGCUGCGAGAACAUGGCUACGACCCCCGAGAGCUGUGGGGGGACAUCGAGGACAUCAUCAUCAAAACCAUCAUCUCAGCCCAUUCUGUUCUUCGCCACAACUACCGAACCUGUUUUCCCCAAUAUCUGACUGGAAGUACAUGUGCCUGUUUUGAGAUCCUUGGUUUUGACAUCUUGCUGGACCACAAGCUGAAGCCCUGGCUGCUGGAGGUAAACCACUCUCCAAGUUUCACCACCGACUCCCGCCUUGAUCGAGAAGUGAAGGAUACACUUCUCUGCGAUACCAUGACCCUUGUCAACCUCCGUGGCUGUGACAAAAGGAAGGUGAUGGAGGAAGACAAGCGGCGAGUCAAGGAGCGGCUUUUCCAGUGCCACCAGCAGCCACGAGAAGCCAGGUGCUCCAGGCGAGAACACAUUGAGUCGUCCCACGCAGCAAUACUGGACCAGGAGCGCUAUGAGGAUUCCCACCUCGGGGGGUACCGGCGGAUCUACCCUGGGCCUGACACGGAGAAGUACACACCUUUCUUCAAGCACAAUGGCUCCCUUUUCCAGGAGACUGCUGCUUCCAAGGCCAGAGAAGAGUGUGCCAGGCAGCAACUGGAAGAGAUCCGCCUUAAGCAGGAACAGCAGGAGACCUCAGGCAGUAAGAGGCGAAAGGAAAACAGGGACCAGAACCAGGGCGAAUCAGCAGGGGAGAAGAGCCGAUCCAGGGCCCGGCUCCAGGGACUUUCCACCCACUUGGCUUACCGGAACCGGAUCCGGGAGAAAGAGCUGCUACCGGUACACCUGGGUACCAGGCAUCCUCAGGAAAUCGUGGAAGAAGAGGAGCUGGAGCGAGUGAAGGCCCUGCUACAAAGGGAGAAUCUCAUCCGAAGCCUCGGUAUUGUAGAGCAGCUCACGUGCAUGCUGCACCCCAGCCACCGGGGCCAGAAAAAACUUCAUGAGUAUCGGCCUAGAUUUCACCAGGACGGGCUGGGCCGUCAAGAACUGCAAUCUGUGAGUCUGGUCCCACUGGUCCUCAUGAGAGGGGCCGCCAAAGAGCAGGGCCGCCCUCAUUUCCUGCAUCCAGUCCGGGCCCACGAAUUGAUCCCCAGGAUCUUAGGGCCACUACCAGCCAUGAACGCAGCAAUUCCACAUCAUUCCUGGUGCCACCUACAGCCCAAGAACUUCAACUGGAUAGGAGAUCCAGCAGCCAUCGGCCCCUGUUCACCGUCAAUGAAGACAUCUGGAAGGCGCUAUUUUUCCAGUGCCAGAGUCAGGCUCACUAGCCAAGGCCAAGCCAGCAGAAGGCUAGAAGCCAUAAACAGAGCCCUGGCAGGAUCAGUGCCAUCCUCUUUAACCCCAAAGCAGGGCUAUCUUCUGCAACCAGAAAGAGUGCCAAGUGGCUCAUGGACUGAAUGCGCCUUGCCCUCCGCGGCAGACUCUGAACACAGAGCACCCAAGGCCCGGGAUCUCACUCUCUGCCCUGCCUCUGCACCCCUGAUGCUGCGCACCACCGCCCUCCUUGACAUCAGCCACCAUAGGGUCAAUACUCUCCACACCCGCUGCCGGGAAGGGUGCGCCGCACACGGGUUCAAGCCCAGAUAUCCCGCCCCCGGCCGGAAGCGGGAAAGACCCGCGGCCAUCCCUGCUUCCGGCCCGCCUGUCCACUUCCGCCCCCGCCCCCAGACUUCCGGUACUGCGUGUUUCGGGCUGCCGAAGGCUGUUGUGAACAUGGCGGUUACUCUGAGCUUCUUGCUGGGCGUGCGUGUACGUGCUGCUGUUGCUCGCUGUGGGUUCGCGACCCGGGGGGUGGCAGACCCCGGCUCUCUCGGCCGCGAGCCGGACCCCGAUUCCGACUGGGAGCCGGAGGAGCGGGAGCUGCAGGAGGUGGAGAGCACCCUGAAACGACAGAAAAAAGCCGCCCGGUUCCAGAAAAUUCGGAGGCAAAUGGAAGCGCCGGGUGCCCCGCCCAGGACCCUGACGUGGAAAGCCAUGGAACAGAUCCGCUGCCGCAGUUCAGACUGCCUGCAUUACCGGGACAGCCUCUUGCCUGAUUUUUCCAUCUCUAGUCCUGCCACUGAAAACUGCCCCCGGAUUGAGCUUCAAAAUGAAAAGCUGCUUGUGGCAUUCCACUGCUUAAAGUCCUUCCUGUACCUGCAUAUGGUUUGCCAUAGCUUGUGUGUCCUGAAUUGCAAUUCUUCUAUUUUUGAAUACACCCACUUAAAAAUCCUUCCUUGGGGGCGCCUGGGUGGCUCAGUUGGUUAAGCGACUGCUUUCGGCUCAGGUCAUGAUCCUGGAGUCCCGGGAUCGAGUCCCACAUCGGGCUCCCUGCUCGGCGGGGAGUCUGCUUCUCCCUCUGACCCUCUUCCCUCUCGUGCUUUCUAUCUCUCUCAUGUUCUCUCUCUCUCUGAAAUAAAUAAAAUUAAAAAAAAAAGUAGCAAUAUCUCAUUUGAAAUUAGUGCAUCUGGCUGAGAAAAAAAAAGGGUCAGUGUAUAGUAAGAGUUAUAUAAAUGUUCAUAUCCUUUACUACCAUGAAUUCACAACUCAAACUGUAUCUUAAAGAAAUAGCUCAAUAGAAAAAAAAAAUCCUUCCUUGGUUCACUGUUGCUUUGGGAUAAACUCCAGACUUGUAAGCAUGACAUGAUCGUCUUCCUGUCCUCACUGUUGGACAAGUUGAGCUAUUGCCAGCAAUGGUAAUGUACUGCUCUGCAUUUUAUAUGCUGCCCUGGCUAUCAUCAGUACCUUUGAUCUCUUCUUUCUCUCCUCCCCAGCUUAGUACUCUUCGUCUUGGUACUCUUCGUCCUUUCACACCAGCUGUAGGUGGGCUUCUGAAGCAAAUCCCGAGCCACGCCUCAGGUGUUGGGAUAUCUUAUCCCUGGGUCUCUCCUGGGUGCUCUGACAGCAUCCUCUCCUAGGACUUACCACACUGGUGUUAUAUAUGUUAAUAUUCUGUCUCCACCACCAGAUUUUAUGUUCUUUGAAAGGAGGGACAGUCUUCAUGCAUCUCCAUAAUCUACCAGGGGCCUGGGGGCCUGGUGCACAGUGGGAGGAGUUUAGUUGACAGAAAUAAAGUGACUUAGGAGUGGUUGGGUGUUGCUGUCAGCUCACAGGAAUGGAAUACAGCCAUUUAGUGGCAAAGGUAGAGGCUAUGUAUGUUUGCAGUUCUUCCGAACCCUCUUCUUUUCACAUAAAUAUCACUAGAUUAUCCCUUAGCCACUUUGAUAGCAGACUGCUUCACACCUUGAAAACCUAAUCCUUUUUC